AAGCGAUCAUAAAAGCACCGCAGGAACAUUAUUAAGCGACAUUUCAUUAUAACUCACAGAGAAAAGCAUUCGAAAACUCUCGCCGUUUCUCGGAUCGAAAUCGAAAUCGAAAUCGACGAGACGAAGACGAAGAAGCUUCAAACCCUAACCCUAAUCCUCGAAGCUCGAAAGCUUAGAACUCUCGAUCCCCUUCCUCAAUGGCGGCGAAGUUAGGAGUAGGGGGUCGUUGGAGAUGAAGUGCAAGCGCCAUCCCUACGAGGUCGGUCCCGGUGUUUGUGCCUCUUGCCUCCGGGACCGGCUCCUUGACGUCCUCGCCGCUCAGAUUGCCCUCGCCGACACUCCCCGGCGCCGGCCAGAACCAAUAUUGCUCCCGGCCUCCAUUUCACCCAAUCGUCGCUCCGUCGAUUCCGCUGGACCACGUCGUCAACUCCUCUUCUUCAGCACCCCGCAGGUAGCCCCGUCCUCCACCGCCACCGCUCGCCGGAGCCGAUCUUUUCUAUCUUCCCUCUUCUCCCACCCCCGAUCCAAUGAGCAUCACACCGAUCCGGUGAAAUCGAAGCGAUUUGGCUCAAUUUCAUGGAUCUCGAAGCUGAUUCCUGGCCGUCGGAGGAGAAAGAAGACGAAGAUGAGUUCCCCUCCGCCGGUGAGGAUAGCGUGCCGGGACAGGGGGAUGUCGCCGGCGGCGGAGGACGACGACGAUAGGGACACGGUAUCGGAGAGCGGGUACUCGACGGAAGCCUCCGGAAUGAGCCGGAGAACGAUGCCGACGCCAAUGAGAACGGUGCAUCACCACCAUCGCCACCGGCAAGGCGGCAGCGGGUUCACCAUGUGCCUAAGCCCGCUGGUGCACACCUUGCCGGCCGGGAGGCGGUGUCACGCAGCGCCGGCAGCAGAGAUCGGGUUCUCCGGUGAGCUACGGCCGGUGCUAGCGCACCCAAGAAGCAGCGGCGCCGGCGCCGGCGCCGAGUCCUUCGGCCCAAAUCGGUCACGGAAGCUGGCGGACUUCGGGCGAUUCCGGUGACGAUUUCCCCCCUCUUCUCCUGUUAAUUACCCAUUUGCCAUUCUCUUCUUUUUCUAUAUUAAAAAAAAAGAAAAAAAUCACAAUUAAUUGCGAUCCAAAUUAGCUCUCUUUCAUAGUUUUUUUUUUCUAUAUAUAAAAAAGCGGGUAUAAAAAAAACGUGGUUUCAUCCAAAACCGGGCCUUUUUUCUCUCUUUUUUUUUUAAUUUUAAAAAUGCGAAAGUACAUGGUUAACGGUCACUCGGUUGAUACAGUUGGCUUCCUUUUGAAUUAAAAAAAGACACAUUUGCCCUUCUCAUCUAAAUAAAUAAUAAAUAAUAAAUAAUAAAUAAUAAAUAAUAAAUAAUAAUAAAUAGUAGUUUGGUGGGAGAUGGAGGUGGAUUGAUGGUCGCAGCCCUAGUGAUAGUUGUAUGCAUUUACACAGAGACAUAUUUGGAGGUGUUCAACUACCCCCAUUAGAUGCAACCAUUGACCAAUUUUGGCAGUCUUAGCAUGGAGUUUUUUUUAGGCACUAGAGUGACUUAGGCUUGGAUUAAUGCCUUAUUAUUAUAUUAUAAUUUUUUGUCUAUCUAUCUAUCAAUCAAUCAAUCAAUUUUUUAGCUUUGCAUCUAAAAUUGAAUAAUUUUGAAGAGUAUUAUGACCUCGUCCUUGUUUUAUAAUGUUUUUGUUUGGUUAGUCUUAUCAAUGCAAAUACAAAGGCUUUACUUUACACA